UGGACAUGUAACUAUAAAUAAGGGCACAGCACACAACAUCUCUUUUUAUGCUGCAUUCAGGAGAAUCUCAUGUUAUGAUCGACAUUCUGAAAAGCUCUUCCAGCUGAAUAAUACCACACGUAAAAAUCACAAUGAUCCCCCCAGUCCCCCUUUGCGUUUGGAUUCUUCUGUCCCUUCCUUCCUUUACCAGCCCAGCGUGCUUUCGGGCCAAAGCAACCCAAUGUCAAGAUGCAGAUUUUCUACCAGGGUCUGACUUGGGUGGGGAAGGCUUCGACAUUACUAAAAUGAAACGUACAGGGGCCUAUGCCAUUGACAUGAGCAAAUGGGAACGUGAAAACAACACGUGUUACCUGUGCACAAACCCGUUCAUGCAGGGCAAAAAGCAGAAGCUUCCAAUAGCGGUGGUUUACUGGCGAGCCGUCCAGAAAUGCCAUAUGUCAUUGUCCAGCACUGUUUAUGACUCCAGUGAGUCCCUGGUGAGUUCAAGCUCUUCCGCUAUAGAGAACAACUGGAAGGCUGGCCUGUCAGUAGGUGACUUUUCAAAGAAAGUAUCUGUGAUGGUGACUGGCACGAACUCCAAACUCGCUGAGUAUUCCAUGGCUAAGACCAAGAAGGAUAAGUUCACUUUCGUUAAACAGGGGGUGUCCUGUGAAUACUACAGCUAUAUGACAUCCAUCAAAUCUUCUGUUCAUCAUGAAUUGAGUCAUGAAUUUUCCAGCCUUCCAGAUAUGUAUAAUGAGGAAACCAAAACGAUCUACUGGUCGCUUGUCGAAAAGUUUGGCACUCAUUACAUUACACAGGUCAAACUGGGUGGAGCUGUACAUUCCGUGACCAGUGUGAAAGAAUGCAUGGCUAGUCUAAAGGACAUCAGUGCGGACGACGUCAAAACGUGUCUGGGUGUGGAGGCUUCUGCAAGCAUGGGGCCGGUCAGUGUAGACGCUGCAGUCAAUCAGUGUAAACAGAUGAAAGACAAAAAGCUCAACCACCACAGUUUUUCUCAUGAAUUUAGUGACAGGUUAAUGACGAUCACCGGUGGUCAUACCCAAGACCCCUCUAUUCUCUUCUCAUCCCGUAAUGACCCCGGCGCUUACAAGCAGUGGCUCUCGUCUGUACCGGAAAAACCAGAUAUUAUUUCCUAUUCAUUGGCGCCCCUUCAUCGGUUGCUGCCGGUCCGAAACCCAAAGCGAAAACAGUUACGUAGUGCCAUCAGUCACUACAUACUGCAGAGGGCCCUUGUGAAGAAAUGCUCUACCCGGUGUAAAGUCGGAGUCGCAAGAAACUCCAAGGAACCCUGUUCGUGCAGCUGCCAUCACAACCCAGGCGUGACACCCAACUGUUGCCCUGCACAUCGUGGAUUUGCUCGGGUAGCUGUGGUUGUGGAAAGGGCAACAGAUCUACGUGGAGAUUACUGGGACCAGACCGAUGGCUAUGUCGUUCUGACAAAUAACAAAAAAGCUUUAGGUAGUACAGCAGUAAUAUGGAAUAAUAACUCUCCUAAAUGGGGCUAUUCCUUUAAUCUUGGAGAGAAGAUUUUGUCAACGGUCGAUACGUUGAAACUAGAGGUUUGGGAUAGGGACAGCGGGUGGGAUGAUGAUCUACUGGGGACAUGUUCUAUUACACUUAAAGCUGGCAAUAAACCUUCCUACUGUUCACUUGACCAUGGUAGGCUGUUCUACAGUACCACAGUAACUUGUGCUCCUGGUUUAUCUGGCACCUCAUGUUCUGAUUAUGUCGGCUUUCCGAUGUCCUCUUCUCUGGAGGAUAUGUACGUGUCACGACACGCACUGCCUGUUCCUAAAGAUGUGCUGGUGAAAAUGGGGGUGCUGUUGGAUGAGCGCCUUGUUUCGAUAGGUCAUCCUCUUAGAAAUGUAACCCCAAUUUUUGAAGGCCCAGGAGCAAAGCGCAAAAUGUAUGAAAACCUGAAAUAAUGCUUUUUUUGCAUCAGCAUUUGCAUCUUCCUAUAAGCAAUAAUUAACUUUCAAUUUGUACUUGUACUCUGUGUUUCCUUACACUUUUAUGAAACGUGUGAGCUUUUCA